AUGGCGGCAAUGCGAGGACCGCGCAUUCCAACUGGCUCAGCAGCCUGGGUUGCUGACGAGCGCGCCUCUGCCCUCACAAUUGUCGAUGUUGAAGUUGAUGAGUUCACAUACGCGGCUCAAAAUGAGUUCGAAUGGCUUAAUGAACAUAUGGCUAGUAUAUUCAACGAGAAUGAGACAAACAUCGCCGAAACAUUCAAAACGCCCGGAAAGCUUCGAGGCAAGACACCUCGCACUGCGCGUAAAUUAAUAUCAACAGAGACAAGAAUGCCCUUGUCCAAUGUAUUUGGGGGCACAUCAACGAGUUCAGCAAACCGCUUCGCACAGCACCUCUACGCGCAAUCACCCCAAAGAGAGCUAUUGAACCAGGCCAAGUCAACAUCGCCCCGUCGACCUGCUCCGUCACCGAAACCAGCCCAGCUUAUGUCCGAUGACCCAAUUGAAGAUGCAUCACAACACCCUACCAGCGAGGCUGAGCGUAUUCUUUCCGACCAGGACGCACUAAUGGCUGUCGACGAAGAGACAGAUGCCUUAUCAGGUGCCAAAUCUCAACCCCAAAUGCAAGCCGAUUCAGGCUAUUUUGGAAGUCAAGACGUCAACCCCGUUGUGCCUUUUGAUCCUAUGACCGAAGAUGAAGAAGACGACGACGACUCACUCCUUGAUCCUAACAACUUUGACGAAGACAUCGCUUUCCCUCAGCCAAGUUCUUCGCGAGUUUCGCCCGCCAAGCAGACUACAAAGUCUUCAUCACCAGCCAAGACCCAGCAACCAGCGACUGAUGAUAUUGACAUGGACGAUGCUGAGGCAGAGCCUGAGGCCACUGACGACGCGAUCCCAGAUGAUGCUCAGUCUCAGUCCGAUGGCCCCAGUCCUGUACGACCAGGGUUCCGCAACAGUCUUCAAUUUGCUUCCCUUCCCGCUCGAGAGCCUCUUACAGCAGGCAAGGCUAGAGUUUCUCGCACAAGUCACAUUGAUCCUAAGAGGACAAGCUACCUCGCAAGAGGUAAGAGCCUGGCAAGUCAUGCUGGCGAUGAUGCAUCAGACGAGUCAGACCAGGAUGACAUGGAAGUGGAUGAACUACCUUCCGUACAACAAUCUAAGAAUGCCGAGGAACUUGCUUUGCACCACAACAAGACAUACACACAGAUGCUGCAAGACAAGAUCAGUGUUCUUGGAAAAUCGCAGCCAAGUGCAAGUCGACCAUCAAAGUCGAUCCACAGUAUUACAAACUCUCAACAACCACAAACAGCAUCUCAGUCUGUACCUGAACCACAAUCAACGCCCCCCAGACCGCCCAAGAAGCAAGAAACGACCACAACUCCUGGCGCUUUCCCUCAAGAUGAUGAGGAUGAUGAUGACUGGAUUGUUCCUCCCACCACUCAGCCAUCCGCCGCCGCACCCAUUCCUACACGACCAUCACUUUCUAAGAGCCGGACAGCCGAUGUCAUGGAAGGAAUUCACGGCAAGCAAACUCUUGGAUCUUUCGACUUGGAUGAAGACCGCGCGAGCAUUCGUUCGCCUGCUCGCGCCCACUCUCAGCGUGAGAGGCCCAGUUACAUGGGACAUUCCAAGUCUGUUUCAGUGCCAGCUGUACCGAUGUUCACUGCUUCUGAAAGGCAGGAGGGAAGCCCGUUGAAGAACACAGUGCUUGGCUCAGACUCUCCUCCGAGACCAGCCACUGCUGUCUCGGUUGUUUCAGCUGUUGUUUCCUCAUCCCCAUCCAAAUCCCCAUCAAGACUCUUCCGCGAUAGUCCUUUGAAACAUCUUAAGAAUAAGAUGUCGUCCAUUCUAAGUACUUCCAAGGGUCUUAUGGCCAGUAGUGCAGCGCUUAGCGCUGAGGGUAAAUCAUCUCUCCUCUCACCCUCGAGAGUCCAACUUGGAACUUUCCCUGGUGAUUCUGAAGAGUCGGUCGCUCAUAAGCCAAGUAUGGAGUCUUUCAGGAGUGGCAGCACUGCAACCGAUCAGCAGUCAAAUGCGCCUCGACCAGUUGCUAAGCGCACAAGGGCAUCAGUUGAGCGUGAGAAGGAAGAGAAGCGGCGUGAAAAGGAGGCUAGAUACCAAGCCGAGCAAAUGGAUAAGCUGGAGAAGGAGCGUGAGAAGGAGAGAGAAAAGGCACGAGUCUUCAGCAAGGAACAGGAGAAGCUUGCCAAUUUGGAAAAACAGGUCGUUGCUAGGAAAGAGGCCGAACCAGCCGUGCAAGCUACACCUCAGCCUAAACGAACCAGCCCCCGAAGAGCUAAGCCGCAGGAGGAAUUCGACAGCAGGUUUGCUGAGCCAGAGAUGGAAAUGGUUGACGCCCCCAGUCUGGUCCCCCCUCCUUCUGUUUCACGAUCUGCUGCCCCUAGCCAAUUGUCGCGUGCAAAGGAGAUCAGACGAAUCGGAAAGCCAGCCAGGGAGACAACUGUCAAAUCAAAGCCAACGCCUACUGUCCACAUCAAGGUCAACACUGGCUCACAGUUGUACCCUGGCAGCUCUACGGCCAACGGCUAUCAAGACUUUGGUGCCUCAACAAGCUCUCAACCGCCUCAGAUGACCAGCAAGGCUAGCAAGGUCUCUAUGCAACCCAAGCCAUCUGCUUCAGGCUUUGCUACUUCCACAGGAUCAAACGGCCGCCCUAGAGCUCUUGACUUGGUGGCACAGAAGAAGGCCCAAGACGAACAAGCCCAACGCCGGCGUGAUGCCAAGGCCAAGGCGGAUCGAGAUGUCAAAGCAAAGAGUGAGCGGGAGCGAGCGGCGUUGAAGGAGGAAAAGAAGAAACAAGAACUGCUACGCCGUCAGGAGGAAGAACGACAGAAGCGUGAGCAGGCCGAGGCAAAGAAGCGACAGGCACUCAUCGAGAAGGCCAAGAAGACCCCUGCGCCACCUCCAGCCGUUCGAUCGCAACCAAACGGCCCCCCUGAUUCCAUUCAACGUGAUGGCAUUCCUCGUCCUCCCUCUCGCAUGAAUUCAGGCAUCUACAGGCCAGGAGACGACCUGGGUCGUCCCAUCAACGGGUCCAAGUCUGCCAUCAAGAGACCCCUUGGCCGAGACGUUAACGAGGAAGGACCUUCCAGACCCCCACCUAGCCGUGGUCCUCAGUACCAAGCGAAGGAUGCCAAGCGUCGCCGAACAAGUGAUGAUUUUGCCGAUGAGCUGGAUAUGGAACAGCCUCCCAAUAUCAAGGGACCUCCCGUUCGUCCAUCCAGCGCUUUUAAGAGGGACCUGCAGGUGAAGAGCUUGGCCAGCGGCUACACCCAAGCCAGUGCACAUAACCUUUUCAAGACCAACAUUGCUCAAAGUCACAUGAAGGGAGGUAACCCUAUGGACAUGGCGCAGAUCCACAAGGGAACUAUUCCCUUUGCUCCCAACCCCAACCCUGCAGGACCUGCAUACAAGACACCGGGACGUCCUGGUCCUGUUGGUGGGCUCAAGUCUGCGGUCAAGUCUGCCCAAAGAUCGUCGCCACGAUUCCAGAACGGCGAUGCAAUCGAUCUUCCAGAGAUUCAAACAGACGACGAAGAUGAGGAGGAUGACGAACCACAAGCUGGCACAGUUGCUUCUUGGGCCAAUUCUCCUGCCAUUCGCGCGGCUCUCUUGGCACAGGAGAAAAUGAAUCCUGCAGCGAUCUUUGGAGAACCAGGACCUAUCAACAUGGAUGAGGUCUUCCAUGCCAGCAAAGACAGGCUUCACAAGUUCCGCGCUCGAACCUCAAGCGCUAACUGGAGCGGUAACGAUCGUCUGACCGAAGAAGACAUCCGAAAGGAUCUCGCUGCCAGAGAUAGGCUUCGGCGAGAGGGAGGCUGGUCUUACCAACUGGGUAGAGAUAUGAUGUAA